UGCUGAUCAGAGCUGAGUACACUGCACUUGCUGGCCUUAAACUGAGAAGAAGAAAAAAAAAAAACAGCUUUAAAUCAACUAGACAACGCUUAAAACCCCCUUAGAGGCUCAUUAUAGUUCACUAAUCAGAGCUGUGAGAAGCUAAUUUGACUUUCAGAGAAGUAAAAAAGAGAAUUUAUAGAGACAGAGGAGGGCGUGACAGGGAGCCAGUCGAGCAGGCAAGCUGCUGUUGCAAGGGGAGGAAGAGCAGGCGAUGCAUCAGCCAAAGCCAGAGGUCAAGAAAAAAAGCGAAAGAAUAGUGAAAAGGUAGACUCAGAGAGAGAGGAGGGUCAUUUGUGAUCUGAGGAAACAGAAACCAGCCUCUCUUUGUUGUGUGUGCCACCGAGCAGGGAUGUGAAGGAGGGCAGCAGGGAGGAAAGGGAGGCGACAGCAAGAAAGACUGCAAGAAAAUGCUCUCAGAGAUGAUGUGCAGGAGGAGCUGCCAGCAGCAGGCUGGCAAAGAAGCUCCGCAGAGGGACCCUUCCAGCCGCAGGAAGCACGGCUGGUCCAAGGGCUGCAGGGGGCGCCUGCAGGGGCGGAGGACAGGAGGGGGAGGGUGGCCGAGGGGGCGCAAUCACCAGCAGCACCCUCAACGUCAUCAUCAUCAUCCCCGACACUUCCAGAGGCCGGUGAUGUCCCUCCGGCCCGUUAACGUCAAGGGGAACAGAGCGAGAGGGAUGCGAGCCCCCAAGAACACAAACCAGUUUCUGAUGCACGAGAAGUACCAGAUGCUGCACAUGCGCUCCGACUCAGUGGGCAGUGACAGCGGCAGCAGCUCCGACAGCGACGUGGAGCUCACAGACAUGGACUCAUACCUGGGCGUCCUGGAGAAUGCACGAGGAGCCCUCUUGGACAGUCCCAACCCACACAGCUCAACAACGCCCCCCGGACAGAUUGUGGUAUUGCACGAGGACAGUCUGCGUCUGCAGGAGGACAGUCUGCGUCUGCAGGAGGACAGCAUGCAGUAUUUCCCGUCUGAAGAUGACCUGAUUCAGAGCCAGAAUUUCAUGCAAAGGGACUUUGUUGAGUUCUGUGACAUCCUGACACCCUGAAGGGAAACUUUUAGGGAGCCAUUUUGUUCUCCGCAGUGUGAAACUCAAACCUCAGAUUGAACGGGGUCAGGUUUGUUUGCUUCAUGUUCACAGGAAAUUAAAAAAAUCUCCAUCUUGUCAGGUCAUUUGGCCUUAAAAUGUUAAGAAUCUGCUUGCAGGAUGAGAUGAUCCCACCAUUUCUUUUUUAAAUCAAGUGUCAUUUCCUUAAUACUCGUGCAGUUAUCUGCUGAAACAAGUGAAAUCCUCUCACCCUGUUGGUGUUGUUCUAGGUUUCAGAAAAACAACUUUAACUGAAUGCAAGAUUAAAUGACAUUAUUAAGACGGAUGUUUUUUUACAGUUUACAUUUUAUUCAUGUUUGGUCAUGUACAAUGUGUCCAGGUGCUGUCAAGUGCUGCCUUUCUGUUAUUGUUGCACACAAAGGGAGAUGGGUUGGGUGGUGGGAGUGAGCCCGAACAGCCAAUCGGCAACAAGCUGACUGGAUUAGGCUGCAGCUGAUUGGCUGAUGCAAACUGUCAUAAAAAAAAUAAAACCUUUUACUGUACGAAAAAAAAAAUCACAAAUAAAUAUCUGAUUGAUGUAA